CCCUAAUCAGCCGGCCGCUGUUGAGAAAAGAUGUGGCGAUCGCUCUUUGGAAAUUUCUACCGGCGUCUCCUCUGUUCGUCUCGCAGCGUCGAAUUAGCAAAACGUUCCCUCCCAAUCUUUCCUCCUCCUUCGCUGGCUGCUUAUUCUGCGCGUAGUAGGCUGUUCUCGUGCGAAACGGCUCCGAGACUACCGAAGCUCGCGAUCAAGAGCGACGAUGUUGGCAGUGAAGAUUUGAAGAAACUGAUGGAGCGAUUCGUGGAAGGAGAUGUUUGUGUCAUUUAUCAGAUCUUU